GCUCAUAGACCAUACCUAACUCUUGGAAUCCUUUUCGUGUGUAUAUAUAGUCCAGUGACCACGAGUAAGCAGAGGUACUACCACAUUCAUCUUUUUUCCUUCACACACACAAUUCAAAGUCGAACCCCUACACAAUCCUACCAUCAUGCAGUUCCUCACCAUCCUAUCUCUUCUCUGCAGCGUCGCCUCCAGCGCAACCCUCACCACCCGUCAAGACCACGACGCCUACCCCCUGAACCUAACGCUCGCCGGACCCCCAGACGCGCAAUACUGGCUCCUGAGCGAGGAAAACAUGCCCCCGGGAAUCAGCCGCACCACAUUCGACGAAGAAGAUGCUUCUCCCCGUCUUAUCCGACGAGCCACCGAGUGCAGCGGGGACCACCGCGCCAACACAGGCGACUGUGUUGCACUCAUCAACGCUCUCAACGGGGACUCGAAUCUGAUCCAGAACUCGCCGCGGAACAUCAGGUAUAACAACUGCUACGUGAGCUGGUCGAGUGUGGUGUCGGGGGUGCGGUGGGAGUUUACGCCCCAUGCGAGGGACGUGUACAAUGUGUGUAAUAGCAAUGGGGCUGUUAGUGGGUUGAAGAGGGAUGCUAGUAUUGGUGGGAGGUCGACGACGGUCUGCUUGUCGAAUCGGGCGAGUGGGUGUAGUUGAGCAGAUAGAAUUGGAUAAGGAGGGUUUCUACUCUAUGCUUGGCCGUGUUGUGAGAGUCUGUGGUAUGGGUGGUGAGGGUUGGAUUUUGACUAUCUGUGUUAGUAAAGUCAAUGGAUGUACUGUUGCUGUCUAUCCAAGAUUUUACGAAUUGAGCUAUUCCAGUCUCAUAUCUCCUUCUAUAUUCUGUGCUCUGCUUCUCCACUU